CCCACCUUUGCCACGCUCAUAUAAGGGUAGCUUAGUUACUUUGCUCUGAUGAAGGGCGGACACUUGAAACAUUAACUAACUGGUCACGACGGUUAAAUAUUUAUCUUUAUCAACUUUAAGUUGAUGAUUAGCUAAGUGUUUCUGUUGUCCGCCGACGCGACACAGCCCUACGGAAUCUAAAAAAAAUUAGUGCAUAAUGACUUCUGCUUGAAUCCCCUUGAUCACUAGCGGGAAGGCCAGUCAGUCACAAUGCUGUAAAAUUUGGGGCCUUUCAUUUAUAUAUUUUUUAAUAAUUCCCUCAAAGACCUAACAUUUUAAACCAGAAAUGUGCACAAACCAGUUACGUGCUUCAGGUAAAAAAUUGUUCAGAAUUAUGGCCCCAGUUGUCCAAAGGCUAACCACCGGAUAAAUCGCUAACCAGCGGAAAUCUAACCUUGCUAUCAGCUGGAUAAUGAUUUAUCUGGUGGAUAGCUUUAUUCACCUUUCAAACGGAACCCGGACCAGGGCCAGGCCAAAAUGGCUCAAAAACGACUGUUUGUGUGUUUGGCUCGUAAACACACAUGCCCCAUAUGACGUAUUUGGGUCUAUUUGUAAGGCAAAACCACCAGCAACUCAAAAAUUGAUUAUAGGGCUGGGGAAAGUAGGGGUUCCAGGCUAGUAGAAACAGGGGCAGACUUAGGAGGGAUGUACAGGGUGGCGAACCAUCCCCCUUUUGGAGAAGCAAAAAAUCUAAAAAAAAAAAAAAAAAUGAAAAAGAUUGUUAAGAAAAAUAACACCAGACACUCUGGUCAGGUACAUGUAUCUCGUUGUAAUUUCUACUUUGUGACGUUGCUGGUAUCUUUGGUGUAACAGUUUUCAGUAAGGUUCCAAUUUCUCAAAUUGCAGUAUUUUGUUGGCACGCCCCAUUGAUCCUGCAGCCCCAAGGUACCAGUGGCCUGAUUCUCAGCGCCGCAGGCGACCCCUGAACCGCCAAGGUACCAGCAACCCCUUUGAAAAUCCGCCUCGGACACAUUGCUUUCGCAUAAACGGUGUAGUUCUGUUUGGUGAUACACCGCGGACCACUCGCGGACGUUAUAAUUUUGUUGACACGGAGAAAGAGGAAGUGACAUGAAAUCACUGAGGAGUUUGCCUGCCUUGAGAUUCGUUCCACAAUUGAAAGGUUUCAAUCGAGAGAUUAUUUGCAAAAAGUGUGUUUGGCAUCAGAGACCUCAAAAGCGUGCAUCCUCGAGCAUUGUGGUUCACAAUGUAGAAUCAAGGUGGCUACGUCUGUUACUGAAGAUGGCUGAUCACAAUCAGCCAAGUCUUGAAGCUGUUCCAUCGCAGAUAAGAAUGACUCAAAUACGUGAUAUGUUAAGUAAAGCGGCAAGGAUGAGAAGAACUGAUUCUGCUGGUGACCUUAUGCCAAAUGUAGGCUGUUUACAUUAUUUUAAUUUAUAUCUUCUCCAUGGAACACCAGAGUUGUACUCAGAGGAGAAUAUCACCCUGAGAUCUUGACAGUGCUGACUAAGCCCAGUGACUGCAGGCCUAUACAAAAAAGAUUUUUAAAUGAUAGCUGAUAUUCUCCCAAUAGGUUUUAAGCUUUAACAUAACAUUAUUCUGUUAUUGAAAAAAGAGCUGUCAGUAGAAAAUUUACCCAAAUAUCUGACUAAUACAUGCAAAGUAUUUGACUGGUUAUAAUAAAGCAAUCUGAUUUGCUGAUUUUAGUGCUUGGCCCUCUGAACUAACUUAGUCAUGUAAUAAUAUCACAUUAUGAAGACAUGAUUGAUCAUUGCAGUUAUA